UUGUAAAAAGUGUUAUUUAUUGUGUUGAAAAGUUAUUGGUUUGCCCGAGUACCAUGUCAUGUUCGGCGGAACAAAUUGCCGAGAAACGGAGAAUAGCCAUAGAGCGACUUAAUGCUCGUAAAAACUCCAACAAUAACGUCGUGAGCACAUCGGUACCGCCGAACCCGGCGCAAUCGGGCGGUCCAAGCAAAGGGGCGACGCUAACCGUUAGCUCGUUCUAUGGACAAAACAAUCAACAGACUCCGACGAGACAGCCAGCCAGCAAUCCGGCUCACCAGCGGAUGCUGCGAGACCAGCGCAAUACAUUCCUGCCAUACUCUAGGCCCGCCACGAAAAAGGAUACACCGACAAAGGUUGCGCCGAUUUUUGCGCGAACCGUAACGUGCGCUUGUUCCUUGGUGUCGGAGGAACGAUUCAUCGCGGAAACGAAUGGCUACAGUGAGCCACUGAUAGAGAUAUUUAAACAAAUUCCAUCCAAGUCCUAUGAACCAAACACCAAGAAAUGGACGUUCGAGCUAACGGACUACAGUUUACUGCAAACGCGUGUAGCCACACUGCAACCGAACGUUAUCCUCAGUCCGAUUCCUUCGUUCGUGAUACGAGAAUUUUCCAGUGGGCCAAAGCCAAAACCGGGCCAUGUAUUUUUGAAUGCGAUCGACACGGCGCUAGUCGACUCUCUACUCGAUUUCCAAAAGGAUGGCGUCUCUUUUGCCAUCGACAAGGGUGGCCGGGUGCUGAUAGCAGAUGAGAUGGGACUGGGCAAAACGUACCAGGCGAUCGCUGUGGCCGACUUUUAUCAGCACGAUUGGCCGUUACUGAUCUGCACGACAGCUACGACACGCGACAGUUGGGCGGCAAAGUUGCGUCAACUGCUGCCAAGCAUUCCGGCCCAUCGGAUUGUGGUGCUGAACAGCGGUCAGGACAAUAUAGGCGAUUGCCGCGUGCUGAUAUCGAGUUACUCGCUGAUGGAGCGUUGCUGUGACAAGCUACUGGAGCACCGGUUCGACACUCUGAUUUUCGAUGAGUCUCACACACUGAAAAACUUUAAAGCCAAAUGUACCAACGUGGCCAUAGCGUUGAGCAAGAAAGCGAAGCGCAUUAUCCUACUGUCAGGCACGCCGGCACUUUCACGGCCGGUGGAGCUGUUCACUCAAUUGCAGAUGCUCGACCAACGGUUUUGCAGUUUUAAGGAGUACAGCACGCGGUACUGUGCCGGGAAGCAGAGUAACUUUGGCUGGGACGCCUCUGGCCAGUCGAAUCUCACAGAGCUGAAUCUGUUACUGGCGCGUAAGUUUAUGAUCCGUCGCACGAAGGACGAGGUUAUGUCGGAACUGAGGGAAAAGAGCCGCGAAACGGUGAUCCUCGAUCCGUCGUACUUGUGGACCAACGAAGAGAUCGGGGGCGACAUGGAUUGUUACGCCAACGAUUACAGCCAAAGCAAGGGCCGCCAGCGAGAGGACAUUCUAAUCAAAUACUACAGCAUGACGGCGGAAGCGAAGGCACCGGCCGUGUGUGCCUACCUGAAAGAGGUGCUGAAGGGGGGUAAAAAGUUUCUCAUCUUCGCCCAUCACUUCAUAAUGCUCGAUGCAAUCGAAAAGUGCCUUACGAAGCGGAAGGUAGACUUUAUACGCAUCGAUGGGUCGACUAGGUCGGAUUUGCGGACGCCACUAGUGGACAAGUUCCAAACGAAGGCCUCUUGCCGGGCGGCCGUGCUCUCACUGAAGGCCUGCAACGCCGGGAUCACGCUAACGGCCGCCCAGCUGGUACUGUUCGCGGAGCUCGAUUGGAACCCAGCCACACUGGCGCAGGCGGAGAGUCGGGCCCAUCGUAUCGGCCAGAUGGAAACCGUGACGGUACGCUACUUGCUGGCAAAGAAGACGGCCGACGACAUUAUUUGGGCGAUGUUGCAGCGCAAACAGACCACCCUCACGAAGGUUGGACUCUGUAACGAGGACUUUUCCGAAGCAUCGCACGUAGAGGCUCCGAGUGAUGCGGGAUCGAUUCGACCGUACCUCGACAAGUCCCUGUCGCCGGCUGCAAAAUCUUUCGGGCCGAUCGAUCAGUUUGUGUUGCGCUCCCCAGCUGGUGUCCGUUCUACGAACGAAGGAGUUCACCGGCCUUCUGCUGGGGCUAAUGUUUCCAGUUUUCUCGCCCACGACGAUGAUGAUGAUGAAUUGGCCGGCUUGGAGCUGUAG